AUCAUUCUCUGGGACAGGAGGCAGGGCUUCAGUGACGUAGCAGGAAGUUUUUCCACGCGUUUGAGUCGUGAAGUUUCGCAUUUGUGGAUACACCUGUAACCUGUGUGUGCGUGGAGCAGGUGAGUUGAUGAUGUCAUCAGCUGAUGAGCAGCUGUGUCUGAACAUCUGCAGCGACGUGGCGUCAUCGUCCAGCAGGAGGAAACAUGUGAGGAGUCAGCAGAGAUGGAACAAAAAGAAGCAGAGAGCAGAGAAAAGGAGGUUCAGCUCCUCGGAGGACAACCGGAGGAGACGCAGCUUCAAAGAGACGAAGUUGCAGGAGGAGGAGCCUGCAGAGACUCAGGCUCCGCCCACUGAGGGGACAGACACAACACCACCGAAGAAGAAACAGAAGAAGACAGAGGCAGGGAAGGAAGCAGGGAAGGAAGCAGGGAAGGAUGCAGGGAAGGAUGCAGGGAAGGAUGCAGGAAAGGACGCAGGAAAGGACGUAGGGAAGGACGCAGGGCAGGAUGCAGGAAAGGAUGCAAGAAAGGAUGCAGGGAAGGAUGCAGGGAAGGAUGUGGGACGCGGCAGCAUCAAGACCUCGUCUCUGUUCAAACACAACCCCGACAUCCCACAGCUCCACAGUCCCGCCGUCUGUCAGCUGAAGGAGCAGAUCUUCACCAAGGACUCGUUCUCAGACCUUCACCUGCAUCCUCACCUGGUGGUGACAUUGAACAAAGUCCUGAAUAUUUCCACGCUGACCAGUGUUCAGAAACAGUCCAUUCCAGCUCUCCUGUCAGGACGGGAUGCUGUGAUUCGCUCUCAGACGGGUUCAGGUAAAACUCUGUCCUUCGCUGUCCCGCUGGUCCAGAGUCUCCAGGAGCUGCAGCCCAAGAUCCAGCGCUCAGACGGACCGCUGGCCGUCAUCAUCGUCCCCACCAGAGAGCUCGCCCUGCAGACCUUCAACACCUUCCAGAAGCUUCUUAAGCCAUUCACCUGGAUUGUCCCAGGGGUGCUGAUGGGAGGAGAGAAGAGGAAGGCAGAGAAGGCCAGGCUCCGUAAAGGAAUCAACAUCCUGGUGUCGACUCCUGGACGUCUGGUGGAUCACAUCAAACACACCCUGAGCAUCGCCUUCAGUGCCGUCCGCUGGCUGGUCCUGGACGAAGCCGACCGGACUCUUGAUCUGGGCUUUGAGAAGGACCUGACUGUCAUAUUAAACAGCCUCAACGCUGCCGGACCCAGAAGACAGAACGUCCUGCUGUCAGCGACGCUCACCCUGGGUGUGACCCGCUUAGCAGACGUCUGUUUAAACGAUCCAAUCAGCAUCCACGUGUCUGGCCCCGCCUCCUCUGACCUCCCUGCUGUUGCCCCUGAUGCUGGCCAAUCAGAGAGCUUCGUCGUGCCGGAGGCUCUGCGGCAGUUCGUGGUUCUGGUUCCCAGUAAAGUGCGGCUGGUCUGUCUGGCCGCCUUCAUCCUGGACAAAUGCAAGUUUUCUCAGAACAAACUCAUCGUGUUCGCGUCGAGCUGCGAAGUCGUCGACUUCCUGCACUUGUUGUUCACCGCCGUCCUCGCCAGGCCCUCGACCAAUCACAAGCCUCCACUCAGCUUCCUGCAUCUCCAUGGCAACAUGAAACAGGAGGAGCGAUCGGAGACGUUCCAGCAGUUCUCAGAGUCUGAGGGGGGAGUCCUGCUGUGUACGGACGUAGCAGCCAGGGGUCUGGACCUUCCUCAGGUCACCUGGAUCAUUCAGUUCACGCCUCCCACGGCGGCGGCUGAAUACGUUCACCGCGUCGGUCGGACGGCUCGGAUUGGAGGACGAGGAAGCAGCCUCCUCUUCCUCACCCCCGCUGAGACCGCCUUCAUCACCGAGCUGGCCAAUCACAACAUCAGCCUAUCAGAGAUGAAGCUGCAGGACAUCCUGUCCAGUCUGAUGAUGGAUGACACCUACAAGGGGCGGGGCAAGUACCACAGCAAGAGCUCGUCCUCGGCACUACAGCAGGACGUCCGUGAGCGUGCCACCGUCCUUCAGACCGACUUUGAGAACUUCGUCCACUCGGACGCCAAGUUGCUGCAGGCGGCUAAGAAAGCACUGCAGUCCUACCUGCGGGCCUACACCACCUACCCUGCCCACCUCAAGCACAUCUUCCACAUCCGCUCGCUGCACCUGGGCCACGCCGCCAAGAGCUUCGGCCUCAGAGACGCUCCACAGGGCCUCAGCACCGGCGGGACCAGAACCAGGAGGAACCAGAACCAGAGGACCAAGGACAGGAGCCCCACUAAACACCAGAACCACAACAAGUCCAGCGGAAAGAAGAGCUGAUUCUGGAGCAGACGGAGGCAGCGGAUUGGACGACGGGCGGCUGGAGGAACAACCAAUCGGGCGUCGGUUUGAUCAUCGAUGAAUCAGUGAUCGGCGUGCUGCCUCCUCACGCUUUUAUUCUGAAAAUCUGUGACGACGCCGAUUCUCAAAACAAGUCGAAGCAACACAAAGAAAACAGCAGAUUAUUAAUAAUUCAUCAGAUAAAAACUCCACAAGCAGGAUCUGGUCAGAACCAGCAGGAUCCGGGUCGCAACCAGCAGGAUCCGGGUCGGAAUCAGCUGGUCCAGUUAAAACCUGCCAGAACAAAACUAAGACUUUCAUCUUCAUUCAGCCUCACAGAACCACAAAGAAACAUUCACACAGAUCCUUUAUUGGAAACCUCACCAACAGAAAGAAACAGGUCCAGAGGUUCAGGUCCAGAUGUUCAGAUCCAGAGGUUCAGGUCCAGAUGUUCAGAUCCAGAGGUUCAGGUCAAGUCCUGCAGUAGGUUAACUGAACUCUGUUUAUCUCCUGUAUUUCUAAAGAAAACUGCAGCUUCCAUUCAGUUUCUGUCCUCAGAGCCGACAACAAGCUGCAGGAACCAGUCCUCCCAUCAGUCCUCCCAUUCCCCCAUCAGUCCUCCCAGUCCUCCCAUCAGUCCUCCCAGUCAUCCCAGUCCUCCCAGUCCCCCCAUCAGUCCUCCCAGUCCCUCCAUCAGUCCUCCCAAUCAUCCCAGUGCCCCCAUCAGUACUCCCAGUCCUCCCAUCAGUCCUUCCAGUCCCCCUAUCAGUCCUCCCAGUCCCCCUCAUCGCUUGUCCCAUUCCCCCAACUCCCCCCAUCAAUCCCCCCAUCAGUCCCACCAGUCCUCCCAGUCUUCCCAGUAGCUGCUGCUGUCAGCGAGGGUUGGUGUGGGUGAGGAGGCGGGGC